AUGUCUGAGAAAUUCUCGCCGGCGCUUCGGAUUGGAGAUCUCAACGAUUUCAUUGCACCUUCACAGGCAUGCAUAGUCUCUCUCAAGGGGGCGAAAAAGCCCAAUAAAGUCGAGGUGUCAAUUGCUGACAGACAAGUGAAGUCAGAACCUGUUAAAAUCUCGCUCAAGGAUUGUUUGGCAUGCAGUGGAUGUGUCACAUCAGCAGAGACAGUUAUGCUGGAGAAGCAAGGUUUGGACGAGUUUCUAUCCAAUAUUAAUCAAGGAAAGGCAGUGAUAGUGUCUGUUUCUCCUCAGUCGAGGGCUUCUAUUGCAGCCCAUUUUGGCAUUUCUCCUGUUCAGGUUUUCAAAAAACUGACAAGUUUUUUCAAAUCUUUGGGGGUGAGGGCUAUUUUUGAUACAAGUUGCAGUAGAGACUUGACCCUAAUCGAAUCUUGUGUGGAAUUCAUCACAAGAUAUAAACAAAGUCAAUUGGUAGAUGAUGAGAGGAGUAAGUCAAGCCUACCCAUGAUUGCAUCUGCAUGCCCAGGUUGGAUAUGCUAUGCUGAAAAGAAACUUGAAUCCUUUGUUCUACCUUACAUUUCAUCAGUGAAGAGCCCCCAACAAACAAUUGGAACUAUCAUAAAGCGCUAUGUAUGUGAAGAUAUGAAACUCAGGUCAGAUGAAGUAUACCAUGUCACAGUUAUGCCUUGUUAUGAUAAGAAGCUAGAGGCUUCUAGGGAUGACUUUGUUUUUCAAUUAGAGCCCCAUGCUGAAGGGCAUGAAGGCGAAGAAGAUAACUUGAUUUCGGAGGUAGAUUCAGUACUGACAACUGGAGAGAUUUUGGAAUUAAUUCAGUCAAAAGAAGUUGAUUUUAAGAGCAUAGAAGAAGCUCCUUUGGAUAAACUGUUAACAAAUAUUAAUGAAGAAGGACACCUGUAUGGGGUCCGUGGAAGCUCUGGAGGUUAUGCAGAAACGAUAUUCCGAUAUGCUGCCAAAACACUUUUUGGAAGACAUAUUGAUGGCCCUUUGAACUUUAGAAACAUUAGAAAUUCAGAUUUUCAGGAAGUUACUUUGGAGGUGGAGGGAGAAACAGUGUUGAAAUUUGCUCUCUGCUAUGGUUUCCGGAAUUUGCAAAACAUUGUACGAAAACUUAAAACAGGGAAAUCUGAUUAUCAUUUCCUGGAAAUCAUGGCAUGCCCUUCAGGUUGCUUAAAUGGGGGUGGUCAAAUCAAACCAAUUUCAGGGCAAUCCGCUAAAGGACUGAGUCAGUUAUUAGAAUCAGUUUACAUGGAAAAUGUUUUGGAAGCAGAUCCAUUCGACAAUCCCAUUAUUAAAGAUUUAUACGACAAGUGGCUUGAGCAGCCUGGUUCUGAGAAAGCCAAGAGAUACAUGCAUACACAAUAUCAUCCAGUUGAGAAAAACAUCACUUCUCAGAUACAUAAUUGGUGA